GCUGGGCCUUACUGGGCUGGGACGGGCCGGACCGGGCUUGAACAGGCGGGGUUGGGGACUUGAGCUGAUGGUGCCGGGGACAGGCGCUUGGGUCAGCCCGCGCCUUGCCGAGGUCUCCGCCCCGUCCGGGCCAGGCCGGCUUGUCUGUCAGUCACUGGGGUGGAGGCAGCGGCAGUAGGGGGGCCACAGCCUGGCUGUGAGCAGAGCGCGCGGGCCAGGCCGAACGGAGGGGAUCUACCACAGCCCUUCAUCCUCACGGACUCUUCGCCCCAGACUCGCGAAGCUACAGUCCUGCGCUUCCCUGGAUGCCUCCGUAACUCGCGAAGGGCUCUCUCCUCCGUGACCCCCCCAGCCCCGUGACCUCCUUGUAACACCCAAGAGCCCACCUAGACGAAGGUGUUGUCGGUACUGGCGGUCGACCCUGGGACUCCUCACGGGGCAGGCCCUCGGUUUCCCUCGUAGGCCUCCCUUCCCUAUGACUUCCUCCUCACAUAUUCUAGGGAUAGAGCCGUGACCUACCACCUAGACCCACGCCUGAGAGUUCUCACUGGCGCCUCCGUCCUCGGUGUCCUAAGUGGGUCUCCUAAGAGCUUCCCUUUUGGUCUCUGGCAAGCCCCCAUCUCUAACCGAAGUGGGGAGGCCUCGGCAGCCAUGCCUGCGCUGGGCACCCCGUCACCCCAGCACUCCCUGGGCACCCAAGCCGGAGUCUAGCAGGGAACCAGCAGCCAAGGGGCUGGAGCAGGAGUCAGAUUGGGGCCCACCUCCCUGUGAGAAAGGGAGCAGAGAUGGAGCGGCGGGAAGAGCAGUCGGGGGCUGCAGGGGCUGGAGCAGCACCAGCCCUGGACUUCACUGUGGAGAACGUGGAGAAGGCCCUGCACCAGUUGUACUACGACCCCAACAUUGAGAACAAGAACCUGGCUCAGAAGUGGCUGAUGCAGGCCCAGGUCUCCCCACAGGCCUGGCACUUCAGCUGGCAGCUGCUACAGCCUGACAAGGUGCCUGAGAUCCAGUACUUUGGGGCCAGUGCCCUACACAUCAAGAUUUCUCGCUAUUGGAGUGACAUCCCCACUGAUCAGUAUGAAAGCCUCAAGGCACAGCUCUUCACUCAGAUCACCCGCUUUGCCAGUGGCUCCAAGAUAGUGCUGACUCGACUGUGUGUGGCGCUGGCCUCAUUGGCCCUCAGCAUGAUGCCUGAUGCCUGGCCAUGUGCUGUGGCAGAUAUGGUACGACUCUUCCAGGCUGAGGACUCACCGGUGGAUGGCCAGGGCCGCUGCUUAGCCCUGCUAGAGCUGCUAACAGUAUUGCCCGAGGAGUUCCAAACCAGCCGCCUACCCCAGUACCGCAAAGGCCUGGUGCGUGCCAGCCUGGCAGUAGAGUGUGGGGCUGUCUUCCCACUGCUGGAACAGCUGCUACAACAGCCCAGCUCACCCAGCUGUGUGCGUCAGAAGGUGCUCAAGUGCUUCUCCAGCUGGGUGCAGCUGGAGGUGCCACUGCAGGACUGUGAGGCGCUCAUUCAGGCUGCCUUCACUGCUCUACAGGACUCAGAGCUCUUUGACAGCAGUGUGGAGGCCAUUGUCAAUGCCAUCUCGCAGCCUGAUGCCCAGAGGUACGUGAACACACUUCUGAAACUCAUCCCGCUGGUACUGGGACUACAGGAACAACUGCGACAGGCAGUGCAGAAUGGGGACAUGGAGACUUCCCAUGGCAUCUGUCGCAUCGCUGUGGCCCUGGGUGAAAACCAUUCUCGGGCCUUGCUGGACCAAGUAGAGCACUGGCAGAGUUUCCUGGCACUUGUCAACAUGAUCAUGUUCUGCACUGGCAUCCCUGGCCAUUAUCCUGUCAAUGAGACCACUAGCUCCCUAACUCUCACCUUCUGGUACACACUGCAGGAUGACAUUCUGUCCUUCGAGGCGGAGAAGCAGGCUGUGUACCAGCAGGUAUACCGCCCUGUCUACUUCCAGCUGGUGGAUGUGCUUUUGCACAAGGCCCAGUUUCCUUCUGAUGAGGAAUAUGGAUUCUGGUCCUCAGAUGAGAAGGAGCAGUUCCGAAUUUACAGGGUGGACAUCUCAGACACACUCAUGUAUGUCUAUGAGAUGUUGGGGGCCGAGCUGCUCAGCAACCUCUAUGACAAGCUGGGCCGUGUGCUCACCAGCUCAGAAGAGCCUUAUUCCUGGCAGCAUACAGAGGCCCUCCUCUAUGGCUUCCAAUCCAUCGCAGAGACCAUCGAUGUCAACUAUUCUGAUGUAGUGCCUGGGCUCAUUGGUCUCAUCCCACGGAUCAGCAUCAGCAAUGUACAGCUGGCAGAUACUGUCAUGUUCACCAUUGGAGCUCUGUCUGAAUGGCUGGCUGACCACCCUGUUAUGAUCAACAGUGUCCUGCCCCUCGUGCUGCAUGCCCUAGGCAAUCCUGAGCUGUCUGUUUCUUCUGUGUCCACCCUCAAGAAGAUCUGCCGAGAGUGCAAGUAUGAUUUGCCACCCUAUGCUGCCAACAUCGUAGCUGUCUCCCAGGAUGUACUGAUGAAACAGAUCCACAAGACAAGCCAAUGCAUGUGGCUGAUGCAGGCGCUGGGCUUUCUGCUGUCAGCCCUGCAGGUGGAGGAGAUCCUGAAGAACCUGCACUCACUCAUCUCACCCUAUAUCCAGCAGCUGGAGAAGCUGGCGGAGGAGACACCCAAUCCCUCCAACAAGUUGGCCAUUGUCCACAUCUUGGGGCUCCUUUCCAACCUCUUUACAACACUGGACGUCAGUCAUCAUGAGGACGAUCAUGAAGGCCCUGAGCUCCGGAAGCUGCCAGUGCCACAGGGACCCAACCCUGUGGGUGACAUUGUCUUUGCCAUUGCUACUUCCCGCAUGAGAAUGUCAUUUUUACUCCCCAACUCUAUGGGUCCCUCUCAGGUGGGAGGCAGUGGUGGUGGGGCACCUCACUUCUCCCUGUGUCUUCAGGUGGUGGUGGUACUGCAGCAGGUCUUCCAGCUUAUCCAGAAGGUGCUGAGCAAGUGGUUGAACGAUGCCCAGGUGGUUGAGGCGGUAUGCGCUAUCUUUGAGAAAUCUGUAAAGACACUGCUGGAUGACUUUGCCCCCAUGGUGCCACAGCUGUGCGAAAUGCUGGGUCGGAUGUACAGCACUAUCCCCCAGGCCUCUGCUCUUGACCUCACUCGACAGCUGGUCCACAUUUUUGCUCAUGAGCCUGCCCACUUUCCCCCGAUUGAGGCCCUCUUCCUGCUCGUCACCUCCGUCACACUCACUCUCUUCCAGCAAGGGCCCAGGGAUCAUCCUGAUAUUGUUGAUUCAUUUAUGCAACUCCUGGCACAGGCUCUGAAGCGGAAGCCAGAUUUGUUCCUGUGUGAACGACUGGAUGUCAAAGCUGUGUUCCAGUGUGCUGUGCUGGCCCUCAAGUUCCCCGAGGCACCUACUGUCAAGGCCUCCUGUGGCUUCUUUACAGAGCUGUUGCCUCGGUGUGGGGAAGUAGAGUCCGUGGGCAAGGUGGUACAAGAGGAUGGUCGUAUGCUGCUCAUAGCAGUGCUGGAGGCCAUUGGGGGCCAGGCCUCCCGAAGCCUCAUGGACUGCUUUGCUGACAUCCUCUUCGCCCUGAACAAACACUGCUUCAGUCUCCUGAGCAUGUGGAUCAAGGAGGCAUUACAACCACCUGGUUUUCCCUCUGCCCGCCUCAGCCCUGAACAGAAGGAUACCUUUAGUCAGCAGAUCCUUCGUGAGCGAAUGAACAAGAGGCGGGUGAAGGAGAUGGUGAAGGAGUUCACACUUUUGUGUCGGGGGCUACAUGGCACAGAUUACACAGCUGACUACUGAGGGGCAUCCCGUCCCACACCUACUCUCUUCAUCAUUUCCUAUCCACAAAGAGUAAAACCUGGACCCUCA